CAUCACAAAAGUGUGAUGAAGAAGAUGCUGAAAUUCAGCAAUGGAGUCUCAGUCCAAAUGACACUGUCACUUUCUCUCUCUACAAUCCUCCUCCUCAUGAUGUGUGGCGGCGCUCGAGCUUGGACUGGUGAAAUCCAUGGCAGAGUCGUUUGUGACGUCUGUGGGGACUCUUCUAUUGGCCCUCAAGAUCACGCUUUAGAAGGUGCUGAGGUGGCUGUUCUUUGCAUAACAAAAUCUGGCGAAGUUCUAAAUUAUCAGGCAUUCACAAACUCUAAAGGGAUCUACACAGUGGCGGAGACGAUGCCAGAAAGUGACCGUUGGGAUGCAUGCCUGGCAAGACCUAUCAGCAGCUUCCACGAACACUGCGUUCAUCUGGGAGACGGCAAUUCCGGUGUGAAGUUUGGUUACAAUCACCCAUCGGAGAAGCAAGCAGAAGAAGAAGAAAACCCUAACAACCACGCUGAUCUGAUCAACACAUUCUGCGAGAUCGCUUCUGCGUCUCGAGAAGAAGCCCUUUUCUUCUUGGAAAGUCACAACUUCAACCUCGACGCCACCGCCUUUAUCCACUCAAGGUCCUCGCCUCCCCGUUUAUACAGUCAAUUCGAGGGAGGAAUGGCCGCGGCCCAGCUGUACGUUGCGAUUCUGCUACUUUUGGGGUUCAUCUCCACGUCUCAACUACAGGCUGUCGCAGUUGAACCGAUUUCCCAUCUAAAAUUGAACUCUAAGAUUCUUCAGGAGUCAAUUAUUAACCUGGUAAAUGGAAACCCCAGAGCUGGAUGGAAAGCUGAUAUGAGUCCUCGAUUCUCUAAUUACACUGUUGGCCAAUUUAAGCACCUUCUUGGAGUCAAACCAACACCACAGCAUGAUUUGAAGAAUGUUCCUGUUAUCACUCAUUCAAAAACAGUGAAGUUGCCGGAUCAAUUUGAUGCCAGAACAGCAUGGCCUCAAUGUAGCAGCAUUGGAAAAAUUCUUGAUCAGGGUCAUUGUGGUUCUUGUUGGGCUUUUGGUGCUGUUGAGUCACUAUCUGAUCGUUUUUGUAUCCAUUUUGGCAUGAAUAUUUCUCUAUCUGUUAAUGAUCUCUUAGCAUGCUGUGGCUUUUUGUGCGGUGAUGGUUGUGAUGGUGGUUAUCCUCUUUAUGCAUGGCGAUACUUUGUCCACCAUGGUGUCGUCACUGAAGAGUGUGACCCAUAUUUUGAUAAUACUGGAUGUUCACAUCCGGGUUGUGAACCUGCGUAUGCUACACCAAAGUGUAAGAGGAAGUGCGUAAACAAGAACCUGCUCUGGAGGCAAUCAAAACAUUUCAGUGUCAGUGCAUACAGAAUCCACUCAGAUCCCAACAAUAUCAUGGCAGAAGUUUAUAAGAAUGGACCAGUUGAGGUCUCUUUCACUGUCUAUGAGGAUUUUGCUCAUUACAAGUCAGGUGUUUACAAGCACAUGACAGGUGAUGUCUUGGGUGGUCAUGCUGUAAAGCUAAUUGGAUGGGGAACUACUGAGGAUGGGGAGGAUUAUUGGCUUCUUGCAAAUCAGUGGAAUAGAAGCUGGGGUGAUGAUGGAUACUUCAAGAUCAAAAGAGGAACAAAUGAAUGUGGCAUUGAAGAGGAUGUGACUGGUGGCUUGCCUUCAUCCAAAAACUUGAUUAAAGAGUUCGCUAAUAUGGAUGCUACUCUUGAUGUGUCAGUUUGACAGUUGAUUAUUCUAUGGAGAGAGUGUUAUCCAUAAGCUGUGGAAUUUGAUCUAAUAUGCGUGUGUGUGUGUGUGUGUGUUGUGUUUAAGAUGAAACAAAGGCAGAUGUGAUCCUUGUUAUUUGUUUGUAUGUGUGAACAAAUGAUAUGCUGGUUUGUGAAAAAUAAAAGAAAAAUCAAUGACAAUUUAUAGCCAUAUUGUACUGACGCUGGAUAAUGGCCUUGUUAAUUUAUAGCCACGUUCUUCCUUUUUAAUGUGCAUA